CUUUCCAAGCCUACUGGUUAUCUUGUCAACGACGGUGCCGAUAGUCAGACCAAAGAGUCGUCGUCUUCUCACUUUCUGCCUCCUCAACCCAACCGAAAAGUCAAGUCUUUGAAGUCUGCAUCGGGGAACUUCCAUGGCGUCUGCGUCCAAAGCUUUCUUCUUUGAAUUGGAACCAUAUCCCAGGCUUCCUCAUAACUUCCGAUUCUCCUUUCGGUUCAACCCAAAGAACAGGUCCAACUUCCUCUCCUCCUCCGUCCCCAUCGCCAUCCAAUUCCCCUUUCUCCUUUAUAUUUAACCUUUAAAUUGCAAAAUCUAGACAUUCAAGAACUGUCCACACAAAGGAUUCCUUCUUCAUUUCGAUUGUCAUUCUUUCUGGGCUCUGCUCAAAUUACUUGGAUUUUUUUUUUCAAGAAAUCCUCAACUGGGUAUGAGCAAGUUUGCAGCUUUGGCCAAUUGUAUAGAUAUUUAAGUCUAAUUCCUUCUGGUAUUUGCUCAAUUUCUCGGUUUUUCAAGAAAGUCCCAACUGGGAAGAAGCAAGUGUGCGGCUUUGGCAAGUUCGGGGAUAUUGAAUUGCAGUCAUUUGCUGGGGUCUGCUCUGUUUCUUGAUUUUUUCAAGAAAGCAUCAACUGGGCAUCCUCAAGUUUGGAUCUUUGAUCGACGGAGAGAGACAGACUCAUAAGCUUCGUCAAUGGGGGACUCGGUCAAUGGAUUGAACAACAAUGCAGCAGUGGCGCUGACCGGAAAGAUAAUGGUGGUUGCCAUCAUAGUCCUCUUCCUAGCUGUCGUCUUAGUCCUGUUCCUCCACUUGUACGCCAAGUGGUUCUGGUGGCACGUCGAGGAGCCGCCUUCACCGGCUCGCCAUCGCCAGAGGCGGCGCCGCCGAUUUGUCUUCGCCCCAGGCCAGGAACCCACAUCAGCUGCUGCACGACGCGGGCUCGAGCCUUCGGUCCUCCGAGCCCUGCCGGUUGUAAUAUUCCGUCCUGACGAGUUUAAGGAGGGCCUUGAGUGCGCGGUCUGCCUAAGCGAGCUCGCAGAGGGGGAGAAGGCUCGGCUGCUGCCGAAAUGCAAUCAUGGGUUCCACGUCGAUUGUAUCGGCAUGUGGUUCCAGUCCCAUACUACUUGCCCGCUGUGCCGGAAUCCGGUUUCAGGACCCGAGGUUUCUGGUUCUGCCAAUGUUGAUCCCGCUGAGGGUAUCCGUCUCAGUACUAGUAGCAGCAGCAGCAGCUUCCAAUCUGUGGAUGAGAACUUCGAGGGUCCGAACUUCCCCACGAACAUCCUGUAUUGGGGCGAUGAGACUCACGUGAGCUCAAGGAAUGCUUGCUUGGAAGAGGGAACUUCGUCAUCUUCUGGCCCAACUUCGGAAGGAAUGUUGGUGAUUGAUAUUCCAAGGCAGGCGGUUGAGAAUCAAAACGCUUUGCUAUCUCCUUCGACGAGCGGUUGUGCCCACGAAGAGUUGAAAUCACCCGCAACUAAAAGGUUGAGGUCACUGAAGCGACUCCUGAGCCGGGAUAGAAAGAUGAGUCUGACGACUUCCGGUGAUGUCGAACAAGCUGGAGGACAAAACCAACCUUGCUGACUGAAGAUGAGAAUCCAUUUACAUAUCUGUUGUUAAAGGAAGAUCUCACGAAACAACCAAUUCGUGAAGUUCAGUCACUUUAGUAUGGGUGUUCGAUGCUAUUCCUGGUCUCCAAUUUAGGUCGCCGGUUCAUAUCCAUAAGCGCAGUGUGAAUAUGCCAUGUCUGCUAGCAAUGGAUGAAAUGGAAGUCGGAACUACGGGAACGAAUCUUCAUCGUGUUCUGAAUGAUAUCAAGCGUUCAAUUCCACUUCAUUCCGCUUCCGUUAUUCCAUAUCAGUGUGAUCGGAGUUAUGAUAUAGAAAUGGGCUUCUCUGUUUCAGAAAAUGGAAAGGAAGCCAUCUGCUUGCAAACAGAAGAUGUGUAGUACGUAAUUAGACCUUUUAUAUUUCAAUUUUUUGGGGAAACAUGUACAGAAAUCGAUUUAUGAUUGAAUAUAUCACGAAAUUUGUCCUAUAA